CUCAGAUUGCCUGCCCCUCCCCCUUCCCGGAGCCCCGAGGGGCCGGAGCUCCUGGCGGUGCCAGAUCCAGAUGGCGGCCUUCCCCCCGGGUCUGAGCGGACAAAAUGAGGAAGAAAAAGCAGCUCAGGAUGUCCUUCCGGGGCGUCCAGACAGUCUUCCUGUAGAAUAAGCUGGUUGACACCGGAAGCGUUUCCUCCCGGGAUAAGGUCCAUCUUCCGGCCUGGGCCGCCGUUGCUGCAUAAGCCUCCAAGCCAGUUUUGCGAGUCGAUUGUGACCAUGGCUGCUGAGUCUGAUGUUCUACACUUCCAGUUUGAACAGCAAGGAGAUGUGGUCUUACAGAAAAUGAAUCUCUUGAGACAGCAGAAUUUAUUUUGUGAUGUAUCGAUUUAUAUUAAUGAUACUGAGUUCCAGGGGCACAAGGUGAUUUUAGCUGCUUGCUCCACUUUCAUGAGAGAUCAGUUUCUACUCACACAGUCAAAACACGUCAGGAUCACCAUUCUGCAGAGUGCAGAAGUUGGCAGAAAGUUGUUGCUGUCCUGCUAUACUGGAGCACUUGAAGUGAAAAGGAAAGAGCUUUUGAAAUACCUGACUGCUGCCAGUUACCUCCAGAUGGUUCACAUUGUAGAAAAAUGCACAGAAGCUUUGUCCAAGUAUCUGGAAAUUGAUCUUUCUAUGAAAAAUAACCAACACACUGACUUGUGUCAAUCUUCGGAUACAGAUGUUAAGAAUGAAGAAGAAAAUUCUGAUAAAGACUGUGAGAUAAUUGAAAUUUCAGAAGAUAGUCCUGCAAACCUAGAUUUCCAUGUUAAAGAAGAGGAAAGCAACACAUUACAGUCUGCUGUAGAGAGGUUGACAUCAGAGCGAAGGGGAAUGAAGUCACCAGAGCUCUCUACAGUAGAUAGUGGUUUUAAAGAGAAUGAAAUUUGUAUCCUCCACGUAGAAUCGAUCAGUACAGAUGGUGUAGAGAAUGGGCAGUUUCCACAGCCUUGCACCUCAUCCAAAGCAAGCAUAUAUUUCCCAGAAACACAGCAUUCACUGAUCAAUUCUACAGUUGAGAGCAGAGUGGCAGAAGUUCCUGGAAAUCAAAAUCAAGGGUUAUUUUGUGAGAAUCCUGAUGGAAGUCAUGGUACAGUAAAUGAGAUCCAGAAUCUAGAUGAGAAUUUUUCAUUGAGGCACCAGUGCCCCAGGUGCCCAAGGGGCUUUCUUCAUGUAGAAAACUAUCUGCGUCACCUUAAGAUGCAUAAAUUGUUCUUGUGCUUGCAGUGUGGGAAAACAUUUACACAGAAGAAAAAUCUCAACCGGCAUAUUCGAGGACACAUGGGUAUACGACCCUUUCAGUGUACUGUGUGCUUGAAGACCUUUACUGCUAAAAGCACACUUCAGGACCACUUGAACAUACACAGUGGGGACCGGCCAUAUAAAUGCCAUUGUUGUGAUAUGGAUUUCAAACACAAAUCUGCUCUCAAAAAGCACUUAGCCUCUGUUCAUGGCAGAAGUAGUGGUGAAAAACUAUCUAGGCCUGAUCUCAAAAGGCAGAAUUUACUGUAAUCAAAUCAGGAACUUGGGACGAAAGCAUAGAAUCACUCUGUUAGGCAUGUCUGUUUUUAAAGAUGCAGUGUUGGUAGUGUGCCUCCCCGCCAAUCUUUAGCUUUCAUGUUUGUUAUGUGCUAUUCAUUCUGAAUUUCUAAUAGUUCCAAAGUUGUGAAUGAAGUGAUUAAGUUUAUGGGAUUAAGUCUAUGUUGUUUUAAACAUUAGCUAUUGCCUUCUGUUCAGCAAUAAUUGCAGAUUCUGACUUGUAGUUUUUAGAUUAGUGAUUUAAUGUUGAAUCUAACUAACUAUAUAGUAACUUCAAUGAGUUAGAAUGACAAGAAACUAGAUUUGAAAGUAUAGUGUUGUCCAUUACUAUUAAUUUUGACAACAUGUAGGACUAACAGUUUUCUUUUUAAUGUUUAACCAUUGUACUUGGAUUGUAGCUAGAACACCAAGUUAUAUUCAGAUUCACAUGGGACCAGCAGAUUGUCCUUAGAAUUACAUUAUUAAAAUAUCCAAGAGAAUAUGUAAUAGACCCUAUUCCUGAUUACAUAUAAUAUAGUUGGAUUAAGAACUCUGUGGCCAAUGCAAGUAUUUUCUUGGCUUAGAUUGGAAAGUUUCUUUUCUUUUUGGAUUUUUGAGACAGGGUUUCUCUGUGUAGCCCUACCUGUCCUGGAACUUGCUUUGUAGACCAGGCUGGCCUUGAAUUCACAGAGAUCCUCCUGCCUCUGCCUCCCAAGUGCUAGGAUUAAAGGCAUGCACCACCAUGCCCAGCUGCAAGUUACCUUUCUUAAAUAUUCCAGUUUAAGUAAAGACAAGUUUACUGUUUACUUAGGGUUUUUUGUUUUGUUUUGUUUGUUUUGGUUAACAUGCACUAAAAUUGAUCUUUCUCUGAGGAGUUAUUUUUCUAUGAAUUUAACACAUAGAAUAAUUUUCUGCAGCUGGGACACAGAAUAGUUCCACCACCUUCUGGAAGGCCCUUAUGCUGCUCCUCUAUCGUCUACUCUUCCAACUCUAAAUUCUAGUAAGAGUUGUUCACUAUAGUUUGUUCAAAUCUGGGGUGAUAUAAAACUGGGAUCUUCUAGUAUAUUUCCUUUUGAUACUUUUUUUAUACAACAUAAUGCCUUUAAGCUUCAUUUAUGUGUCUGUUAACAAGUUAUUUUUUUAUAUCUCUCUCUAACUUUUGACGUGAUUUGUAUAGCCCAGGUUAGCUCAAAUUUGCUUCACUUCUUGAACACUGGGAUUAUGCCUGGCCUCUUUUAUGUUUUGAAUUGCCUAUAUAUACAUUUUCUUUUCAAGCCGUCGCCAGGUGAAUAGUUUAAAUUUAGAAAGCUACUACAAUUAGUUAUAAUGUCUUGUUUAUAUGAAUACCUCUAAAUUAAAAACUUUUUUGCCCUUAGAGUGAAGAGCAAAAUUCACUGCAGGGCAGAUCACCUUCCCUGACCGUAGGAAGCACUCCAGGUGUCCUAUUUCUCUUCAUAACUCAGCUUCUAUGUAGAGUUUCUGCUGUAAUUAAGUUCUGUUGACACUCACAGUUUGGUAUUUUAACUUGUAAUAUACUUUGUACUAUAAAAGAGUUUUGAAAAUCAUAUGUGUUAAAUACAAUUUUUGUAAUACUUUUGUGGGAAUAAUGCUCUAUGUAGAAUUUGAACUCUGGGAGAGACUUUAAAGAAUCUAUGUCUCACAAUUGACUUCAUAACCCAAGUCACUAAUUUGUCACUUGUCCUUCAACCUUUCUUAAUUUUAUAUAAAAUAACUUUGAUCUUCAUAAUUUGUAGAAUUAUUUCUAGAUUAUUUAAAUUCUUUAAAGUUAAAUAUCUAAAUUAUUUCUAAAUUUCUACAAAUUUAUAUUCAUGUGAACAGAGGAGACAUGUAUGUCUUUGUGAAUACUGUUAUUUGAGUACUUUCUUGGAGACAGAACUUUUCUAAGGUAAACACUUUGUUCCAUUAUAUAAUGGACCAGUUUAGUGGUUAAUUUCCUUACACACAUGACUUAAGAAUGGUCAAUUAUAGUUGUGAAAGCAUUUUCCUCUGAGAAAUUGUUUACUUGAGACUGAAGUGCUUCUCUUAAUUUUGUUUCCUGAGUGAUUUUGGAGGGGAGGGCUGGGGAUGGGUAGAGAGGGUAAACUAUAGUAAAAAAACUGAUUUUUUUAAGGAAGUGGUAUCUACUAUACUGGAUGUUUGGGACAUUUUGAUUGAAGGUGUUUUAAGUUUGAUUUGUGCCUUGUAAGAUUGUUGUAAAAAUUUUUGUGAGCACUUUGAAAUUUUUGCUUGUGGGGAGGGUGUUUUAUAAAGUGGUUGUUAUUUAUACUAUUUAUUUCUGUUAUGUGCACAGGUUGAUUUCAAAACAUUCCUAGGAGUUGGGUGAAGUGCACACAUGCCUGUCUAUAAUCCCAGCACUUGGGAGGUUGAGGCAAGAGAAUCAAUUCAGGGCUAGCCUUCAUUACAUAGCUAAGUUUGAGGCCAGCCUCAGCUACAGGAUACCUUGUUUCAUGAAAAACAAAAAACAAAAAAGUAAACAAACAAAAAACAUUCCUGGGAGAGUGUCUGUUUGCAUGACAUGUCUGAAAAAUUAAGCAAAGUAGAAUCUGUUAAAUUAUGCAGGUAUGACAAAGUGUAGCAUUUAUUAAUUUUUAAAUACUUUUAUCUGUUUAUGACAGAAAAAUAUGUUUGGGUUGAGUCUCUUAUUUACUGCAUUUGUAUAUGUAAAAGAUCUUGAAAAGGUAGUUAUUCAGUUACAGAGAAAAAUCCUUUU